GCGGAAGAAAAAGUAGUUCCCAUCAACCCUGUCUCAUUUAGGCAAGAGCUCAGUCACUUAGUUACUUCCUAACGUGUUCUUGGUAAGAUACGUUAUCUCAAAUGACUGAAGUAUUGAAAGCAUCGAUACUUAGAUUUGAGAAUCGAUUUUAAAAAGUAAAGGUCUGAAGUAUCGAUAUUUCAGUAUCGAUCCGCACAUCACUACUGGAGGACUCUCAUACCGCCGCGAAAAUGUUCAAAACAGAGAAACUAAAAGCUUUGGUCAAUGAACGACUGCAGGCGGCUGCCGAGGAAAUAUUCAACCUCUUUGAAGAAGCUGUACGAGACUAUGAGAAAGAAAUAUUCCGUUCAAAGGAGGUCGAGCAACAACAGCGAAGGAUGGCCGGGUGGAAAGCCCCCCAGCAGCUCUCUGUUCAGGAAGAUGGUGCGCCCUCUGAGCAGGAUCAUACUGAGAAGAAGACAGACCUGUGUGAGGAUGAAGAAGAGUUCCAGAUUAAAGAAGAACAGGGGGUGAAACUGUGGUUGGCGGGUGAAAAGUGGGAAGAGGCUGACACCAAAGACUCCAUGUUUAAUAUAAUUUAUGUGGAGAGAAGUGAGGCUGGAAAGCAUUCACCAAAUCAGUGCCAAACGGAAGAUCAAACUGUUAAACAAAGCUGUGACGCAUCAGAACCGACCACUGAGUGUCCAUCGAGUGAAAUCAGUAAUGAUGAACAGCGAGACAGUGGAGAAAUUCAUUCAGGUGCAAACAGUCAGAAACUACAGAAAUCUGGUCAAAGAGUAGAGAGACCUUAUACCUGCAGCGUUUGCAAGAAGAAUCUCAGGACUAAAUCCAUUCUGACUCGACACAUGAAAAUACACACCGGAGAGAAACCCCACAGUUGCAGCAUGUGUGGUAAAAGCUUCAUCCAGCGCUGUUAUCUGCAGACUCACAUGAACUCCCACUCAGGACAGAAGCCGUACAUUUGUAGUUUUUGUGGCAAGGGAUUCACACAGGUGGGAAACUUGAAUGUCCACAUGCGUAUCCACACAGAUAAGAAGUCUCACAGCUGUGAUGACUGUGGUAAAAAAUUUAGAGAGAAAGCUGACCUUACCAAACACGCAGUAAUUCACACAUUUGAGAAACCUUACAGUUGCACCAUGUGCGAUGCUAGAUUCAAUGCCCAGUCGAACCUCACACGCCACAUGAAGACUCACUCAGGCGUGAAGCCAUAUAGCUGCACAGUUUGUGGGAAAAGAUUCAGCCAGCGCUCCCAUCAAAUUGUUCAUAUGAAGACUCACACUGGAGAGAAUAUCUAGAAUUAUUUGCUCCCUUGGAUUUUUCUGACAAUUUCCUGAGUGGGACAGGAUACAUAUUAGGGGUACUGCAAAUUAACCAGAUGUCAUACUAAAAAGUUUAUUCCUUUGUGUUAUUGCAGAAGAAAGUUGUAAUAUUGUAUAUCUUUCUGGGUGAUAUGGUAAGGGCUUAGUCACACAGGCCUAGAUACCAGUCAGUGAUUUCAGCAGUUGGUGAGUGAUUGCUAGAGAUUGCUGGCUGUUGCUAGGUAAAAUCAGUGGCAGUGAGUUAUACAGUGCUAUAGCUAAAAGAUAAAACAAAACAAAAAAAAACCCUCCUUUCAAAUGCUUUGGUUGCUAGCCGACCAAACUGGAAACAGUGUUUGCCUUCUAAGUAAAAGUUGUUCCCUACAGCUGCAACCAGCGUGUUUUAACAUUCUCUGUUUUCAGUUUGUGUUGCAUUUUUUUCAAGUUUCACUACUGCUCAGAGAUUAUUUGGAAAGAGUGUGCAGGCAAGGCUGCAUCUUUCAUGCAAACUACAGCCAACCAUGGCAAUCUACUAGCAACCAAAACAAAUGUUUUUGUGCAGCACCCUCUUUGCCACCAGUUUCACCUAGCGACAGCCAGCAGCUGCUUCCCAACUGGUUACUAUGCACAUUUUCCUCUAGUGACUGGUGGUUUCCAGAGUCUCUAGGUCUGUGUGACUGAGGACCCAUUUACACAACACCUUUUCAAAAUGAAAACAGCACAGAUUUGAUG